UGUGCUGGACGUCAUGAGCAUAGUAAUCACGCUGGGAGUCACCACACCAGAGACGUCCUACUCCGACAUGGCUGCUGGAUCAGACCCUGAGUCAGUGGAAGCGAGCCCUGCAGUGAACGAGAAGAACUACUCCAACCACAGCUGCGGCAGCGCCCAGAAUCACGGCUACCGGGGACUACCUUACGCUGAUCACAACUAUGGCGCGCCCCCUCCUCCGACCCCGCCCGCCUCCCCCCUGUCCCAGACCAUCAUCCCCCGCGUGGAGCUCAACGGCGUCAUGCACUCGCGCUACGACGACGACAACUCCGCCGACAGCGACAGCUCCUCGGACGAAGAGGGGGGCGUGGCCGGCUGGUGCCACUGCAGCCUGACGCAGGACGGCUUCCUCAUCAAGUGCGACAGCUGCAGGGGUCUGGACCGAAGGAAAGGAGUGGACGCCCAGCGCAGGAAGCCGGAGAAUGUGUCGGUGGGAGAGAGCAGCGCCACAGAGAGCGGGGACGAGGAGGUGUCCCCCUCCACGGUGUCCUACACCGCCACCCAGCACACGCCCACCAGCAUCACCCUCACUGUCAACCGCGUGAAGAGGAGCAAGCCCAAGAAGAGGAAGAAGAGCGCGGAGAAGGCGCGUGGCACGCCCAAGGGCAAGAAGGUCAAGGCUUUCAGAGAGGGCUCUAGGAAGUCCAUGAGGAUGAAGAACUCGACGACGGAGGCGAACGCGGUGGACGAGAACACGGCGGAGGGCUGGGAGACGAAGAUCCGGCAGUGGACGGACCAGUAUGAGGAGGCCUUCGCCAACCAGUACAGCGCGGACGUACAGACGCUGCUUCAGCUGCACCGCGCUGCCAGCAAGGCCGCCGAGGGCAAGGCGCCCACUGUUGCCGCCAUGGACACCAUCAACCGCACCGAGCUGGCCUGCAACAACACCGUCAUCGGCUCACAGAUGCAGCUGCAGCUGGGCCGGGUCACUCGGGUGCAGAAGCACAGGAAGAUCUUGCGGGCGGCGCGGGACCUGGAGCCCGACACCCUCAUUAUCGAGUACCGCGGCAAAGUCAUGCUCAAACAGCAGUUCGAGGUCAACGGACACUUCUUCAAAAAACCCUACCCUUUCGUCCUCUUCUACUCCAAGUUCAACGAAGUGGAGAUGUGUGUGGACGCGCGGACGUUCGGCAACGACGCACGCUUCAUCAGAAGAUCCUGCACGCCCAACGCGGAGGUGCGACACAUGAUUGCGGAGGGCAUGAUUCAUCUGUGCAUCUAUGCGGUAACUCAAAUCACCAAGGAUGCUGAGGUCACCAUUGGGUUUGACUACGAGUUCAACAGCUGCAAUUACAAAGUGGACUGCGCGUGCCACAAGGGCAACCAGAACUGUCCCGUUCAGAAGCACAACCUCAGCCCCCCCGAGCAGCUGCUGCGUGCCCCCUCUGUGCCCGCGCCCGUGGGGGCCGAGACGCGGCGCAGGAAGGCCCGACGGAAAGAGCUGGAGGGGGCCGUGUCCGACGACAGCAACCAGCCCCCCGAAGACCCGGCCGACGCCAAGGACCUCCAGGGAGGCAAUGCGGGAGCCAGCGAUACAGAGGAGAGACUCUGUGACGGGAUAAAGGUGGAGGAUGGGGAAGAAGCCGAGCUGGAUGAGAGUGGAGCUCUGCUGCCGAGUAGACGGACGCGGGAGGAGCGCAAGGCGGAGGCCAUCAUGCACGUCUUCGACAACCUGGAGAAGAGGAAGAAGCGGACGGGCCCGAGCCAGGACAGGUGCCAGGGCGGGGCCGAGGAGCCCAAGCAGGAGGCCCCCGACCUGGAGGAGGACAGCGCCUCCCCCGCUGGGACGCUCGCGCCUCCGAGCAGCGGCGUGGGGGUCAGCACGCGCAGAGCCUCCUACGCCACCGAAACCCCUCCUGCCGAGCUGGAGAAGGCCCCCGCCACACCCGCGGCCGCCAAGCCUGCCCCCGCCCGCUCCUCCAAGCCCCGCCCCAAGAGCCGCAUCUCGCGAUACCGGUCGAGCUCGUCGCAGCGGGCCCGGCGGCAGCGCCAGGCCCUGGCCCAGCAGGCUGCGGAGCAGGGGCAGGGCGUGGCCGAGGAGGGGGUCCUGGGGGCCCUGUCCGUCGAGCCGGGGGUCGGGGAGGGCAUCCCUGGUGGGGGGCAGCCCCUGGACACCGACGGGCCGGGGGGCGCCGCGUCCGGGGCUUUGGGCAACAAGGCCCAGCUCCGCUACCCUAAAACCAAGAAGUACCUGGUGACGGAGUGGCUGAACGACAAAGUUCUGGAGAAGCCGGAGUGCCCGGUGGACCGUCCGCUGCGGAUCACCACCGACCCCACGGUGCUGGCCACCACCCUCAACAUGCUGCCGGGCCUGUCCCACUCACCCCUCAUCUGCACCACACCCAAACACUACGUACGCUUCGGCUCGCCGUUCACCCCUGAGAGACGCAGGCGUCUGGUCAACGUGGACGGCUCCUACGGCUCCUUCAAGAAGCGAUGGAUCAAGCAGGCGCAGGAUGAGAGCAUGUCUUCGGCCAGCACAGAGGACAGGACAGCAUCCGUCUCUUCACACCAAAGCAGCAGCAGCAGCAGCAGCAGCGCUUCCAACCCUUUUAAAGCGGAACUGACAGCACCUUUCAAGAAGCGGAAAUCGAAGUUCUCGUCGGAGCCAGCGCUGGCGUCGGCGUCGGGGGCGGAGCUGCUGCGGCCGCUGUCCCCCAUCACGCCCCCGCUGCCCUCCGACCCCAUGCACCCCCUGCUGGCGGCCUCCUGCGCCCUCGUCCUGGGCCCCGACGAAGAACGGCACAACGGCUACAGCCUGCCCUACUCCCCCCUGCGCUCGCUCUCCGCCAGCCGCUGCAACACCCCGCUGCAGUUCGAGAACAUAUCGUCUCCGGAGGCUUCGCCCGCCCACAGGCCCGAGUCACUGUCACCUGAGCCCUGCGUGCGGCCGGAUUUCGACGUCCCGCGGGUGGCGUUCCCCGAUCUCUCCCUACCCUCCGGCCUGGAGAGCCCCGCCCUGUCAGCCCCGGCGGCGUCGGAGGAGUUCCCCGCCACCUCGGACGCCCCGCCCCCCUCUGCCCCCGCCCCUCCCCCCGAGGCUCAGGCCCGUGAGCAGGCCUUCCGCACGGAGUUCAACCUCAUCUACACCUGCUCCCCGCUCAACGCCAACCUGGCCGCGGCCGGGGACCGCCGGCUGUCCCAGUCCGAGGGCGGUGCCGGCGGCUUCUCCCCCGCGGACGCCUCCUUCUUCAGCGGUGUCGGCGGCAGCCAGGGUCUUCUCUCGGACCCGGGCCCCGGCUCCGUGUCUCCCUACCCUGAGCCGCACUAUGGCGGCGGUUACCCAGACAACGGCACGCCCCCUCACCCCAGCAACCCGCCGCAGAAAAAGAAGGUGUCUCUGCUGGAGUACCGCAAGCGGAAGCAGGGGGCGAAGGAGCCGGAGGCGGGGGGUGCGCUGGGCACCCCGACGCGGGGGGGCACCCUGUGCGGCAGCGCUGACUCCCCCGGCGGGCCGCGCUCCCUCCUGAACCCCCCCGCCUCCCCCCAGAGCUGCUUCUCCUCCCCAGCGCACCCCACGGGACCCCAGAUCGAGGAGGUCAGCCCCCCCUCCCAGCCCCCCGCUGCACAGGGCAGACCCCACGACAGCACCAGCCACUGGAUGGUGCCCACGUCGGUGGAGCGUCUGCGGGAGGGCCAGGGCGUGCUGGAGAGGGUGCUGAGGGGCAGCCUGAAGAUGGAGCGCGUCCUCAAACGGGCCGAGGGCGGGGCCAGCGACGCCGGCCGCGACAAGGACUCGGGUACGAGACUGCAGCAGCAGAAACUCAGCUACGAUUCGCUCGACGGGGACUGCUAUGACAUGCAGGCCGCUGUCCGAGCCAGAGCUUCCCCCGUGAAGAGCCCCCAGAGGUACAGCCACAGCCCCUCUGUCUUCCCAGCCCAGUCGCUCAUGGCGGAGUCCCACCAGCAGGGGGAGCCCCCCUCCUUCCUCCAGCAGAGCGCCUCGUCCCCAUUCCGCGGCUCCUUCAGCCCCUCCGCCCCCUCCCCCGGCCAGAGCUUCUACCCCCGCCUGUCCUCCCAGGAUGCCCCUCUGCAGCUGUCCGCCAGCCCCGCCCACUCUUACCCCAGCCAGGCCCCGGCUUCAGCGGACUCCAGACAGACAGGGGGCGCCCAGCAGCAGCCCGGCGGCGGCCUUGGAGUGGAGGGACCUCACCUGUACACAGGUAGCCACCUGAAGGCCAGCCUGUUAAACGUGGGUGCGGGGCAGCCCGGCUCGGCCGGGUCCGCCCCCAGGUCCCCCUUACUGGCGCAGGGGACCCCCAAAACGGACUCAGGCAGUGCCGCGGGUAGCCCUGCCUCCCACGCUUCCAGAUUGUCCCAGCAGCCAGGGGUUCGAACCUUAAGCCCCAGCAACCCUGGAGGCCGCGUGCACGCAGCCCCCGGCAGCCAGCCCUACCCCCAGCGGGGGACGUCCCUCAGCCAGUUCCAGGGCUCAGGGGUACGGACACAGUCGGGAAGCUUUUAGGAUGCCCCGCCUCCUCGCCACAAACCUGUGGAGCUCCCCGGGGGGAAAUGUACAGACCUAAGGAACAAGGACUUGGCUUUAGAAUCGGGACCUUUUAUUACUUUCUCUUUUCUCUUUUCUUCUGCCGGGACGGAGGAUACCGUGCCCCGCACACGGCAACGCGUGGGCUUCAGCGUCACCGAGGAAUUCAAGAGAAAACAAACGGACACAUUAAAAAAAAAAAAUCAUGUAGAGGUUUUUAAUUCCCCCUCCGUUCACAGACGUAUGUACAGACCAUGUGCAAGCAGGAGACAUCGACGGGAAACACAAGUACAAGUAUCAGUACCUGUUGUUUUGGUACUUUAAACGAUUAUAAUAAAGAGCUAUAACGCCAGUACAGUUUGUUAGGUUAUUGUAUGAUUUGGUUUACAGCCAAGUCAGUCUUGCAGUAACAGAUAACGUUUUAUUUGUAAAUUUGAAAAAGUUACAAACUAAACAUAUAUUUGUAUCAUCCGUUAUAAAGAUGCAGAGAGAAGAGGGCGAAAUAUAUGUGAGACUGGCCCCCUGAAAAGAUCAUUCCAUAAGAUUUCCAGUUUCUUUUUUUUCUCUCACAUGUGUAUAUCAAUAAGAGAUCUGGAGUCAGGAUGUGCUCUUUUUUAAUUGAUCUUUUAUUUCACUUAUAACUAUUCUAGGCUUGCUAUAUUGUACUUGACUCAUACAGAUCUUAUAAUCCAUGGUGCUGCAGUCUGUUUUUUUUUAUUUUAUUUAUUUUUUUAAUCCAAUAAUGUUCUCCACACAUAGUAAAAUCCUUCAAUCUCUUUGUAAUCGGAAACAGGCUUGUUGAAAAUUGACUCACAGUGAUUGGAAAAUGUUUUUUGUUUUUUUUUGAAAACGGGCGCAUAGUGAUUGUCUCAAAACCUUCAGUGUGCAGGAAUGCAGGGAGAACGAGAGGCCAAAAAAAAAAUCAAUCAAAACUUUGUUUUCUAAAAAUAAAAAAAUCCUGUAGGGUUUCUGCAGAAUUUUGGAGAAAUUUGGAGAAUUUAUUUUCUCCCCUCGGACCAACCCUUGCAUUCCGCACACCGGUCGAGGGGAAGGGAGGUGCGUGGGAGGAUGUUUUGGUGGAAAAAGCUGCUGGGUUCUCCUCAUAUUUGUGUUGUUGUUUUUUUGUUUUUUUUUAACACAAGUGCUGCUUCAAGAAUUUUCAGUUUCCACAGAAUGCUGUACCUCUUUUUAGGUUUCUCACCAACUGAGUCAAAAACACAGCGACGUUGCAAUGUCAUGUGCCCUGACCGUUUGCUGAGGGACAAAAAAAAAACAACAACAACAGUGUAAAACAAAAUCGACAGAAACGACAAAAAAGAAAUGCUGAAAAGUCAGGUAGACAGUACACUCGUCUCCCUUCAAAAACAAACAACAAAAUAAAAAAGAAAGAAAUGACCCUGGACAGACUUUCCCUGACUUGGGAACAGUGGAAUACAGUGUCUGCCUGAGGAAGACCGUCUCUUUCACCUGCCAAUCACGUGGGUCUUGUAAGGCUGGGACCUGGACAGAUGGUCACGUGAUGCGUCAUGUGACCCAUCCCUUUGCCUCACCUGUAACAGACAUAAGGGUACUCACUGGUUACAUGAAUGUUUCUCCUGACGGAAGACUUCAAGAAUACUUGUGACCCAAAAUACCAGCACCUUAAUUAAAAAAAAACAAACAUUAUGUAUGAUCAUGUGUACUUGUAUAAAAUGUGUUAUAUACUGUACGAAGAAAAUAUAGUACACUAAAUUUGCAGCAUGAUUUUCUUUUCAGACUGACUAAUGGUUUAGAGCUGAGGGUUGAAUCUGUUCUAAAAGUAGGUUUUUUUUUGCCCACCCGUUAUAAGGUCCUGACAGUUAAAAAAAUGCAGUAUCCAGUUAUUUUUUUUCUUUUCUUUUUAGCUAAAGAUUACAUCUUUUUUACACAAAGGGCAUAGUUAUAACUAGCUAUUUGGACC